GCCGCCAACUCCCACUUCUCCGCUAUAUAACUGCAGCACCUCACGUUUUCAUUGCCCUACUUCGCAAUUCCAAUUCGUGUUACUUGAUUUACCACCAAAAACAGCCACCACAGGUUUCAAUUUCGUCUUCGAACAAGGAAAAGCACAAUCUUUCCUCGGCGACGAACCUGUCUCUCUUUUUUGAGGUAAAGACAUUUUAUUCUAGUAUGGCAGAUAGUGAAUCCGUUGUUACCGAAGCAUCCGCUCAUUCCGGUGCGGAGGCAUAUGCUUCGGCUGGUUAUGUGGAGUCUGGAACAAAUCCUGCUGUCGAGGCAGGUUCUACUGCUGAUCAACCUUCUGGAGAAGGAGCUCAGUCCACUUCAACCUAUGGAUUUGGUUAUUCUAAUACUGGUGAUGUGAAUUCUUAUGCUGGGGAUCCGAAUUCUGUUCUACAACAAUCCCAAUUCAAUGCAACUGGUGAUACCAAGCCAGCUGGUGGAGUGCCUGAUGCUAACGAGGCCUCUGCUGGGGUUGGAAGCACUGCUGCUGAGCCUGCUCUGGCUUCUGACUACAGUUCAUCUAUCAAUGGUGGUGUAGUCGGUUCAGUGACGAAUGUUGGCGGACUUGAAAACGGGAAUGCAUUGGAAAACAUUGACGGGUCAGCUGAUGAAAAACAACUCGCAGAUGGCUACGCAGCUGCCUUGUCUGCUGAGGAAGAUCGACUAUGGAAUAUUGUAAGAGCUAAUUCUUUAGACUUCAGUGCCUGGACUUCCUUGAUUGAAGAGACAGAGAAGGUAGCCGAGGACAAUAUUCUGAAGAUUCGAAGAGUUUAUGAUUCCUUUCUAGCAGAAUUUCCAUUGUGCUAUGGUUAUUGGAAGAAGUAUGCUGACCAUGAGGCACGACUUGGCUCUAUUGAUAAAGUUGUUGAGGUGUAUGAGCGUGCUGUUCAAGGGGUUACAUAUUCAGUGGACAUGUGGUUGCAUUAUUGCAUAUUUGCUAUAAGUACAUAUGGCGAUCCGGACACUGUUCGUAGGCUUUUUGAACGAGGAUUGGCUUAUGUUGGAACAGAUUAUCUUUCUUUUCCCCUCUGGGAUAAAUACAUUGAAUAUGAGUACAUGCAGCAGGACUGGGCUCGCCUUGCUAUAAUUUACACCAGAAUAUUAGAGAAUCCAAAUCAACAGUUAGAUCGGUAUUUCAGCAGCUUCAAAGAGUUAGCUGGAAACCGACCUUUGUCAGAGUUACGAACUGCUGAAGAAGCUGCUGUAAGUGUUGCUUCAGAGGCUACUGGACAAGGUACUGAAGGAGAAGUUCAUCCUGAUGGUGCAGAGAAGUCUCCUAAAUCUGUAAGUGCUGGCUUAACAGAAGCAGAAGCGUUGGAGAAGUAUAUCGCCAUUAGAGAAGAGAUCUAUAAAAAAGCUAAAGAGUUCGAUUCUAAGAUCAUUGGUUUUGAAACAGCUAUCCGAAGGCCCUAUUUUCAUGUACGGCCUCUCAAUGUUGGAGAGCUCGAAAAUUGGCACAACUAUCUAGAUUUUUUGGAAAGGGAAGGUGACUUAAGCAAGAUUGUCAAGUUGUAUGAGAGGUGUGUCAUUGCAUGUGCCAAUUAUCCCGAGUAUUGGAUACGCUAUGUUCUCUGUAUGGAAGCCAGUGGAAACAUGGAUCUUGCAAAUAAUGUUCUUGCCCGAGCCACCCAAGUCUUUGUUAAGAGACAACCAGAGAUACAUCUUUUUUGUGCCCGGUUUAAGGAGCAGAAUGGAGAUAUAGAUGGUGCUAGAGCUGCCUAUCAACUUGUGCAUACUGAAACUUCCCCUGGUCUUCUUGAAGCAAUAAUCAGGCAUGCCAAUAUGGAACGCCGAUUGGGAAAAAUGGAGGAUGCCUUCUCCUUGUAUGAACAGGCCAUUGCUAUUGAGAAAGGAAAAGAACAUUCACAAACAUUGCCGAUGUUGUUUGCUCAGUAUUCUCGAUUUGUUUAUUUGGCUUCUGGGAAUGCAGAGAAGGCAAGACAGAUUUUAGUUGAGGGGCUGGAGAAUGUUUUGUUGUCAAAACCACUGCUUGAGGACCGGAGUUCGAGACACAUGAUUGGCACCGGAUGUGAGUCUCAUGGUCUGUAUCAUCUUCGUUCUCCUUCACAUGUUGGCGCGGCUAUGGAAUCACCAUCCCUUCUUCAUGCACAAUUUGGUCAUCCCAGCCUUGCCAAACUGCAACAACUUGUCCCCAGCUUGUCCAAGUUAUCUAGUUUGUCGUGUGAGUCUUGUCAAUUAGGAAAGCAUAGUCGUAGUUCGUUUCCUUGUAGUGUCUCACAACGAGCUUUGUCCCCUUUUGCAUUAGUUCAUUCGGACAUUUGGGGACCUAGUCGUGUUAAGUCUACUUUAGGUUUUCAAUAUUUUGUUACUUUUAUUGAUGAUUAUUCAAGAUGUACUUGGUUAUAUUUAAUGAAAAAUCGUUCUGAGUUGUUCUCUAUUUUUCAAUCAUUCUUUCAUGAAAUUAAAACACAGUUUGGGGUUUCUAUUCGAAAUUUGCGGAGUGAUAAUGGUCGUGAAUAUCUCUCUCAAUCCUUCAAACAUUUUAUGGCUUCUCAGGGCAUUCUUCAUCAAACAUCAUGCGCUUAUACACCCCAACAAAAUGGAGUGGCUGAGCGCAAGAAUAGGCACCUUAUUGAAACAACUCGCACUCUUUUAAUUCAUGGUGCAGUUCCUUCACAUUUUUGGGGUGAUGCGGUUCUUACUGCUUGUUAUCUUAUUAAUCGCAUGCCUUCUUUAGUCUUGCAUAACCAAGUUCCUCAUUCUAUUUUAUUUCCUCACGACCCUCUUCACCCUUUACCUCUUAAAGUCUUUGGGUCCACAUGUUUUGUUCAUGAUUUUAGUCCUGGCUUGGAUAAGUUGUCUCCGAGAGCCCACAAAUGUGUCUUCUUAGGAUUCCCCCGCUCACAAAAAGGGUAUAAGUGUUUCUCUCCUUCCCUCAAUCGUCAUUUUAUCUCCGCUGAUGUCACCUUUGACGAGUCUUCUUUUUACUUCACACACCCCUCUUCUCGUUGUGAGCCACCAUCUACUACUAUAGAUAUCCCUGUUGUGUGUGAUCCUCCUAGUGUGCCCACUUCCAGUGCCACCUCGGAUUCUCCUCAGCCACCUCCGAGUGUACCUAUUGCGGAUAGACCACCUCUUCAGGUUUAUAGCAGAAGACAUCGUUGCCAACCACCAACUCAUGACUCACAUCAAGUGCCGAGUUAUUUGUCUCCUCCGGUUCCAACAACUGAGUCUGAUCUUCCCAUUGCCCUUCGUAAAGGUAUGCGUUCUACCCGUAAUCAUUCUCCUCAUUAUGCUGCUUUGAGUUAUCAUAGAAUCUCUCCAUCUUUCUAUACAUGCCUUUCGUCUAUUUCCUCUUUGUCAAUUCCAAAAUCUUUAGGUGAUGCAUUAGCCCACCCUGGUUGGCGUCAGGCCAUGCUUGAUGAAUUGAGUGCUCUCAGGCAUAGUGGAACAUGGGAUCUUGUUCAAUUACCAUCCGGGAAAUCUGUUGUUGGUUGCAGGUGGGUCUAUGCUAUCAAAGUUGGCCCUGAUGGCACUGUUGACCGUCUCAAAGCUCGCCUUGUUGCCAAAGGUUACACACAGAUCUUUGGUUUGGAUUAUGGUGAUACUUUUUCUCCAGUGGCCAAGAUGGCAUCUGUUCGCUUAUUCAUUGCCAUGGCUGCUCUUCGCCAAUGGCCUCUUCACCAACUUGAUGUAAAAAAUGCAUUCCUCAAUGGCGAUUUGAAUGAAGAAAUUUAUAUGGAGCAACCUCCGGGUUUUGUUGCUCAGGGGGAGUCUUCUGGAUUGGUUUGUCGUCUUCACAAAUCUUUAUAUGGCCUAAAGCAGUCUCCUCGGGCCUGGUUUGGAAAAUUCAGUAGUGUUGUUCAACAAUUUGGCAUGUCUCGCAGUGAAGUGGAUCAUUCAGUUUUUUAUCGUCACUCCAGUGCUGGAUGUAUCUACUUAAUAGUGUAUGUUGAUGACAUUGUUCUCACAGGAAGCGACAACCUUGGCAUCUCCCUCUUAAAGCAACAUCUUUGUCGUCAUUUUCAGACCAAAGAUCUUGGAAAACUCAGGUAUUUCUUGGGUAUUGAAGUAGCACAAUCCAAUAGUGGUAUUGUCAUAUCUCAGAGGAAAUAUGCAUUGGAUAUUCUGGAGGAAACUGGAUUAAUGAAUUCUAAAGCAGUAGAAACACCCAUGGAUCCUAAUAUUAAACUUCUACCUAAACAGGGGGAGCCUUUCUCAGAUCCUGAACAGUACAGACGGUUAGUUGGAAAGUUGAAUUAUCUUACUGUUACUCGUCCUGAUAUUUCCUUUGCUGUUAGCGUGGUGAGUCAAUUCCUUAAUUCCCCAUGUGAAGAACAUUGGAAUGCAGUUAUUCGCAUAUUAAAGUAUAUCAAAAGCUCUCCUGGAAAAGGUUUACUAUAUGAUUCCAACUCUGAUACAAAAGUUGUAUGUUAUUCAGAUGCUGACUGGGCAGGAUCUCCUUCCGACAGAAGAUCUACUUCCGGAUAUUGUGUCUCAAUUGGUGGUAAUUUGAUCUCUUGGAAGAGCAAGAAACAAAGUGUUGUGGCAAGAUCUAGUGCAGAAGCAGAAUAUAGAGCUAUGGCUUUAGCCACAUGUGAACUUGUUUGGCUUAAGCAAUUGCUUCAAGAAUUGCAAUUUGGAGAUGUCACUCAAAUGACACUCAUAUGUGACAAUCAGGCUGCUCUUCAUAUUAGCUCUAAUCCUGUCUUUCAUGAGAGGACCAAACACAUUGAAAUUGACUGUCACUUCAUUCGAGAAAAAAUCCUAUCCGGGGACAUCAAGACCGAGUUUGUCAAUUCAAGUGAUCAAUUAGCAGAUAUUUUCACUAAGUCCCUUCGAGGACCUAGAAUUGAUUAUCUUUGUAACAAGCUUGGUACAUACGAUUUGUAUGCACCAGCUUGAGGGGGAGUGUUAGAUGAUAUAAUAUUGUGUUUAAUAGUUGGGCUCAGCCCAUUAUGUAUUUCUGGGAUUUGGCCCAUUAUCAAUAUAAAUAAACUGUCCUUUGUGUAGGGUUUACACAAGGGAGAUUAAUCCUAAAACCCUAUUU